AUGGACGACGACCUCGUUGAUGUUCUCAUAGUGCUUGGCGUUUUAGCGAUCGGAGUGAUAGGACUUCUAAUCUUACUGGCAAUGCACGCAAAACGAUUUAAAGAGCUCCUCCGUUGUUGUCGAAAGGAUGAUGAAGUGCAGAUUAAAGCUAAAAGAACUACUAUAAAGGUUGUUCGCAAAGUCAAUACUAUAGGAGUUGAAGAAGGUAGAAGCGUUGCGUCAAAAACUCCAGUUGGGCGACGACCUGUGGUGAAAGCUAAGCUCGCCGUGGCAUGGCUGCUUAGUUUGGGGAAAAGUCUCUUUGCCACUCCAGCAUAUUCACUGCCUCAGUACCCUGCACACUGGGCCCUGCCGUCUCAGACGUCGGACGGUAUGGCGACCGACACUGACCUGGAUGCCCUUCUCGGAGCUGCAGAGCGUAUCAAAUUUCACGUGAUUGCUCUGCAGGAGACCAAGUGCAGAAGGAGCGACGUACGACAGAUGAAUGACGGUACACUCGUCAUUCGUGGAGAGAAGGUUCCAUCGCGAAAUGUAGGCGGUGUUGGUUUUGUUGUGCACCCAUCUGUCGUCCAUCUCGUCGAUUCUCACGAGAUCCUGUCACCUCGUCUGGCCAUUCUUCGCCUCCGCCCUCUGCGCCAAAAAUCCAUCAGUAUCAUCAACUGCUAUUCACCAACAUCAGCAGCUGAUGAUUCCGAAUUGGACGCGUUUUACGAGGAGCUGGAGGAAGUAGUCCGCAACGAGAAGUCCUUCUACAAAUUCGUUGUCGGGGACUUCAACGCAAAACUAGGAAAGGCCACAGAAGAGGAAUACAGGAUUGGAAGAUUUGGACUAGGGGACCGGAAUGAAAAUGGCAAUCGUCUCGCCGGGCUGUUGUCCGCCGCUCGCCUCUUUCAUGGGAACUCUCUUUUCAUGAAAAAAGAUCAUCGUCGGUGGACAUGGGAAUCGCCCAAUGGCGCGAAUCGUGCGGAGAUCGACCACAUACUCACCAACCGGAGCCACACGAUGGAAAAGAACAUCUGCUAUCGGCAACGAAGGAGAAAAGAAGUCGUCUACGACGAUUGCGUACUCGAGGACUCCUUGUCCCAAGGUGACUGGCACAUCGAGGAGGACCCAAACGUGGACUACGAGAUGCUGCUCAGAGGAUUACGAGCCUACGCUGAACGUGCCUCGAAGCCGCGCACGACAAACUUGGAUCGAAUUUCGAAGACCACCAAGGAAUUGUUGGAAGGAAGAAGGGCUUUGAGGCUUGAUCCGAAUGCAUCGCACAUUGAGCGGUUAGUAGCAAACACUAGCUGCAGAAAAGCGUUGCAGGAGGAUCUUUUGAAGUACAGGCAGAAGAAGAUUCUAGAAGCAGCACAAAGAAGAACGAGUCUAAAGAAGUGCCGCAGGGAUCUCCGCGAAUAUAAUAUUCCGCUAGCAACCUUGCUGAGCGAAGACGGGACUCGCACGUCUUCCCGUCGUGAGAUGGAAAUCAUUACGGAGAGGUCCUACUCGAACCUUUUCCGUUCAUCAGCUCCUGUGUCAAGCCCAAUCAUCCCCACUGGCGAAGCUCCACUACGGAUUCUCCCUUCGGAAGUACGAGUCGCUAUCAAGAGCAUGAAGCCUGGCACAGCCCCCGGACCUGAUUUUAUAUCAGCAGACUUUCUUCGAGCUGGCGGCCAUCCGCUUCAUGUAAUCUUAGCAGCGCACAUGACAUCCUAUCUUCAGAAAGAAAGGAUCCCAGACCAGUGGAAGACCUCGCGAACCGUUCUUAUCCAUAAGAAAGGUGACCGAGAGGACCUUCGGAACUACCGUCCGAUAUGCUUGCUGAGCGUGUUGUACAAAAUAUUUACCAAGAUCAUCCUCACACGCAUAUCUAGGACGCUGGAUGAAGCCCAGCCUCAAGAACAAGCUGGAUUCCGCCAGAGGUUCAGCUGCUUGGACCACAUCCAGACCGUGUCGAGGGUCAUAGAGGUUUGCCGGGAAUACCGCCUGCCCCUUGUUCUAACCUUCGUCGACUAUGAGAAAGCCUUUGACAGCGUAGAAACGAAUGCAAUGCUGUCAGCGCUGGUCGACCAAGAUGUGGACGCGUCGUAUGUGAGGACAUUAGCCAAUUGCUACGAACGAUACACGACUAGGAUACAGCUUUUCCACCGCCCUCUCACCAUACCCAUUGGAAAGGGGGUACGACAAGGCGAUACUAUAUCGCCGAAGCUGUUCACGGCUGCAUUGCAAUGGAUAAUGAAAUCACUAUCCUGGGAAGAAAGGGGCAUACGUGUUGAUGGAAGAUUUCUCUCGAACCUUCGUUUCACGGACGACAUCGUUCUCUUUUCGAGCAGUACCAAUGAAGCAGAAACGAUGCUCAACGAAUUGAACGAAGCAGGGAAGAGAAUAGGACUACGAAUAAACAGAAAGAAGACACAGUUCAUGAAGAACGCCCACUGCGAGGACGGAGGAGUACAACUUGAAGGCUCCCAAAUCGUGGAAACUCCGUCAUACGUAUAUCUCGGACGUUCUAUGAACAUGGAAAACGACUUGAAGGAAGAACUGAAUAGAAGAAUGAGAGCAGCAUGGGCAGCAUUCGCAGCCGUCAGGGAAGCUACGGACCAACUGACGGACCAAGAUCUUCGUGCCCAUCUGUUCGACUCGACAGUCCUUCCAGCGCUCUGUUACGCAGCGGAGACGUGGACAGACACCGCGGCCACGUCUAGGAAGCUACUUACUACCCACAGAGCCCUUGAGAGAUGUCUCCUGAAGUUUAAACGGCGCACACAACACCUUGCCGGUCUUCGUAGCUCCGACUUAAGAGGAAUGUCCCGUCUUCGCGACCCAGCGGAAUAUGUAUCGAAAGCAAAACAUAGAUGGGCCGGUCACAUCAUGAGAAGAAUCGACGAUAGAUGGACUAAAGGAACGCUAGAGUGGAUCCCAAGGGACGCUAAACGCCCCCGAGGGAGACCGCCAACGAGAUGGGGUGACGUGUUCGCUGCACGGAUGGACCAGCUGAGAGCUCAGCUGGAUACGGCUCAAGGACCUCGUCAACGUCGCUCACGAAGCUUGAGAACAUCUUGGAUGACAAUGGCGAGGGAACGAAACAAGUGGAAGAGAUGCUGGGGCCCGCACAUACAGGUGUUCUCCUCGCCAUUGCCCGAACAAGGACAUAUUCCAAGUCCCUCUUCUACUAAAGAACUUUUUUUCAUAGUACCAAAGUCGCCAACUUACAAGGCAGAGAUGGCUUACAGUGUGGCUUCAGCAUACACCAGCAGCACUAAAAGUUCGUACCUCCCAAGUCAAAUCGCUCCGAUAGGAAAACGCCGCUGUUCAACAUGA